AUGAACGGUUGCGUCAUCAAAGGCACGCCAAUUGCAGUGGACUUCUGGAGGCCGACCAAAGCACCGGAGGCUCGGCUCUUUUUCCUAACUCACCUGCACAGAGAUCACACACUGGGUCUCUCUUCAACAUGGCGGCUUCCAAUCUACACCUCCCCAAUCAAUGCCCUGCUUUUACUGCACAAAUUCGAGUUACCAGCCUCCUGCCCCAAUCCCACCACUUUACCUAGCUCCAGCUUCAGCUACCAGCCUGCAUUCCCCAGCCCCAUCUUAACCUCAAUACCAAAGAGUAUAAUUCGAGAAUUAGAGGUGGGAGAAACGUACUUGUUGCCUCUUGAUCCUGAAGGAGACUACACUAUGAGUGUUACACCCAUUGAUGCAAAUCAUGUACCAGGAGCUGUCAUGUUUCUAUUCCAGGGUUACUUUGGCAAUAUUCUGUAUAGUGGUGACAUGCGUUGGUAUCCAGAACUUGUAGAACAUCCGGUACUGAAGCGUUUGAUAGAAGCAAGAGAACUGGAUGUGCUGUACUUGGACAAUACAUUCUCAGCACCCUUUUGCAAAUUCCCAUCCAGGGAGGAAGCCAAAAAGCAGCUCUUUGAUAUUAUUGAGUAUGUGUCAAAAAUUCAUUGGUGUAACCUGCAAAGCUCAAGGGUUGCAAGGCUCGUCUGA